AUGUCGCGCUUGACUGCCGCCCAAAUCGUUGCCCGCGGGGACUACCUGGAACCCGAUUUCGAUCCAUCUACUCUCACUGUACCGCAGCUUCUCGGUGUAUUUGGUUUCCACAACGUAGUCUACCCCUCUCCGUACACCAAGCCCAAACUUGUCCAACUGUUCAACGAGGAGAUCAAGGCGAAAUCGAAGAAAUUGAAAAAGGACAGGUUAAAGCGCGAGAACAGUCAAGCCAGCGAUGACGGAAUCAAAGAUGGAAUCACAGGGAGGCCGCUAAAUGAAGGGAAGGUGCCUUUGCGACGAUCUUCGAGGCGACCGUCUCGUGCUCCAUCCGAAGAACAGCCACAGGAGCCCGAACCAGCUCCUCCCAAGCGUCGCAGAUCAACAGCUGAACCGACAAUCGGAGGGCCGUCUAAGCGUAGGACAACAAAGCCUGUGCAACCAACCGUAAACGAGGAGAGUGAACCCGAAGAAGAAGUUAUGGUACGCAAAGUUGGCCGAAACAAGAAGAGCACCACAGAUGCGGGUAGCCGUGCGCGGCGUGUCUCGCAAGCCUUCCCGGAAGACUCUGGCUGGGAGGAUCACAACAUUUUCCAGUCCGGUGCCGAGUCAUCCUCGCCAGCGCGUCCUUCACCGGUUCGACCGCGUACAAGGCGAACCAGUGUUGCUCCUCAUCCCCUUAAAUCGCGUAAGUCGAUGUCUGCUCCGCCUCAGUACCUCUCGUCUCCGCCUUCCUCCCCGUCCAAGGAUAAGGGGAAGGGGAGAGCACCAGGCGUGAAACCUCCGGAGAGUAGUUUCGAGCCGCAGCUACCUCCUGGGCUGCAGCGGGAGACACGAGCAUCAAUGGAGCGGGGACAGAAGAGCAAACUUGUGCCCGAAGCUUCAGCGAGCCGAAGAGUCAUGUCACCGACCGACCAUCUGAAGCAACAAGAAGAGACCGAAGAGGAUGAACAAAUUCAAGCGCUUCAGGAAGCCAUAGCGGAAAAUACUGAAGCUGAAGCUAUCAUGGAGUCCGAAGGUGAGGCGGAGGAGGAUCAAGUGACAGCUGUCUCCCGUUGUAUCUCGCAAGGCGGUGAUACGACUCGGCGAGCAUCCCGUUCAGGAUCUGCGUCUGCGCCGAUCUUCCUUCGCAUCGUCUUGGCUCUGUUUGCGCUAUUGGGCUCCGGCGCAGUCUUGCAGUAUAAGCAGCAGUCGGCGCAGAUUGGGUUCUGUGAUACUGGCAAGGCCACCAAUGCUCACCUUGAAAGCCUCAGAGCACAUUGGGCUGCGGUGGAGAGUUGCAACAACGAGAAUCGGACGACACUCUACGUGACGCCUGAGGCGAACGACACCGCGUCCGUUCGCUCUCCCAUUCCCACGCAUUCUCCAGAGCGUGGGGUGCAUCACGACUCUGCAGCAGAAUCAUCCGUGGUUUUGGCGGAAGCUUGUCCGCCUCUCCCGCUUUCGCCUCUGCCGUAUCCAGAUACCUGCACGCCCUGUCCGCUGCAUGCUACAUGCACGCCUUCCACUAUGACCUGUGACACAGGCUACAUUGUCCGGCCACAUCCCCUCCUCUAUUUUCUCCCUGUACCGGGAACAUCGGCCUCACUAUCAAAGUCUCCGACAACCUUUACGCGUCCCGGACACUCGCUCUCACCAAGUACCGAUGUCCCUCACCUCGUGUAUUCGGCUCUAUCACUCGUGCUGGACGGAAUGCCUGGCAUGGGACCUAUAGCAUUGUCACCGCAUUGCGAGGAAGACCCCCGCCGCAAGCGCCAUAUCGGCGUCCUUGGGAAGGCGGUAGAGGCCAUGCUUGCCGCUGAACGAGGGAGGAGACUCUGUGAGGGCACCGGCGUGGGCUUACCCGAAGGUGAUGAAGCAACAGAAGCGAAACGCUGGGGCGUGCAACUCGAGAAGCUGAAGGAAGACUUGAGAAGGAAGACUGCUCCAAAUUUGCUAGGCACAUUGGAUGAUACGUUCAAUGAGGCUAUUCAACAACUCAUACAAUGGGGCGGGGUCUUCAUGGGCGAAGAUGCUGAGGGCCGUCGAUACCUUGCCCAUCGGACCCCGGUCAUGAGCUGGGAUUGUGCGCUUAGAGUGCAGGCCAGAGAAUCGUGGGCGGAAUGGAACAAGUCGAUCAUCACGGGUGCACUUCUGAUUGUCAGCGUCUUCGCGUUCAGGCGGCGGCAGGCCCAGAAACACAUAGAGGAUGAACGUGUCGCUUCAUUGGUGCAAAUCGCACUGGAUCUUUUGCGAAACCAAGAAAUGGCGCAUCAUACCGACCCUGUGACCGCGCCGCAACCCUACCUGUCGUCACUCCAGUUACGCGAUCUCAUUUUACAGGACGAACAUUCGGUGAGAGCGCGCAGACGCUUGUGGGAACGCGUCGAGCGUGUCGUCGAGGGCAAUGCGAACGUGCGGACCAACCUGGAGGAGGUCGCAGGGGGGGACGAAUUGCGCGUGUGGAGGUGGGUUGGCAGUGCAGGCAAGACGCUUAGCCCCGCAUGA